AUGGGCAAAGGCGCGCAGCAGCUGACGUCGCCGCCCUUCAAGGAUGCGGCGGCGAAAGACGUGCUCAUCCACGGCCAGCUCUACGACGUGACCAACUUUAAGCAUCCCGGAGGGUCCAUCGUCAAGUUCCUCACGAACAACGGCGACGCCACCGAGGCCUUCGUCGAGUUCCACGGCCGGUCGAAGAAGGCGCAGGCCAUGCUCAAGGCCAUGCCGAAGGUCCCGGCGGACGCCGAGACCAUGAAGGCGCGCGGCUACAACGGCAAGGAGGCGCGCUCCAGCCUCCGCGCCGAGUUCGAGGCCGAGGGCCGCUUCGACGCGAACGCGUCGGAGAUCGCGUACCGCAUCGGCGAGGUCGUGCUCAUGCACCUCGUCGGCGCCUACCUCAUCAUGGCCACGGACCACUUCUUCAAGGGCCUGCUCUGCCUCGGCAUCGUCUCGGGCCGGUGCGGGUGGCUCAUGCACGAGGGCGGCCACUACUCGCUCACGGGCGUCAUCAAGACGGACCGCUUCCUCCAGGAGGCGAUCUACGGCGUGGGCUGCGGCAUGUCGGCGGCCUGGUGGCGCAACCAGCACAACAAGCACCACGCGACGCCCCAGAAGCUGCAGCACGACGUCGACCUUGACACGCUGCCGCUCGUGGCCUUCCACGCGCAGGUCGCCGCCAAGGCCAAGGGCGCGCUCAUGAAGCAGUGGCUGAAGCUUCAGUGCUACCUCUUCAUCCCCCUGUCGUGCCUCCUCGUGGCGUCGGGCUGGCAGCUCUACCUGCACCCGCGCCACGCGCACCGCACGAAGCGCGGCAAGGAGCUCGCCUUCAUGGGCCUGCGCUACGUGCUCCUCUUCGGCGUCGUCUUCAAGGACCUGACCUGGCUCCAGGCCCUGGGCUACUACAACCUCUAC